AUGCGUUUCUCUAUUGCCACUCUCGCUCUCGCCGCCGGUGCCAUGGCCAAUGUUGUCACCGAGACUGUCACCCAGUACACCACCUACUGCCCUGAGGCUACCUCCGUUGUGCACGGAGGCCACACCUACAGCAUCUCCACCCCCGGCGUCAUCACCAUGACCCACGGCCCCUUCACCGUCACUCGUCCCAUUGUGACCUCCUCCGUGACUGAGUGCAAGAGCUGCUCUUCCUCCAUCCCUGCUUCCUCCACUCCCGUGAUCCCCAGCAGCAUCCCCCUCGUCCCCGUGCCCGGUGUCACCUCCACCCCUCUGGUCCCCGGCUCCGCCACCACCGGUGCUCCCAGCGGCCCCAUCGGUUCCUCCACCGCCACCCCCUCCCAGCCUGCCUUCAACGCCGGUGCCAUCAACGCCGCUACCGGUGCUGGUGCCGGUCUGGUUGCCGUCUUCGGUGCCGUUGCCCUCUUGCUGUAA